AUGCCGGGACCUGAGAGCAUUGUGGCCGCCCCGAAAGUCGGCAAGAAGGGUGCAAUAGUUAAACGGCCGAACACCUACCAACUCGUGCCCUCCCCAAAGUAUGCCUUUUCUGCGCACCGGCAGGCAGUGCGGGAUCUGUUGCAGCAGUUUGUGCAAGAUAUCCUGGAGGAUACAGUCAGCGCCACCCCCGACAUGGCGCUGAUGUCUGGCCUUUCCAAAGUGAAAAAUGAGGUUCUGCGCAUGCAAUGUCGAUUUUUUCCGCGGCACCGGAUCGUGGUUCAUGGCGUAAUUGGCGACGUGGGCCAGAACCCACCAACACUCAUUUACGGCAGCCAGUGUCUCGCCUCGCCUGAAUGCGGGGAUGACUGUGUGAGCGUUUCAUCCAAGUCUUCUGAGCGAUUCGCCUGUGUCAGCGUUUUCGGCUCCUACUUUGACUAG